AUCGACAAGCAACAACUCUCCAUAGCCAGUUUCAUCAUACUCUGUUAUCGUUCUAUACCUCAGGACAUAGCUUAAUGGCUGCCUCAGCUGUAAUGCAAUCCAUUCUGGCGAGUUCGGCUAGUCGAAAUGCUUGUAGGACACCGGCGAAUCGGCUUCUCCCGGCGGCGGUUCGGCCGUUCUCCCGGAGAGCGGCUAACUUCCGAGUGCGAUGUACGGCGGAGGAGGAUCAGAGAGAGCCAGCGACUCCUUCAUCGGUUUCACUGCCGUCUCCACAACCAGGGCCAUCUCCCACGCCAUCGCCGAAGAUGAGUACGAAGUUAACAGACAUUUUGGCGUUCAGCGGGCCAGCGCCGGAGAGGAUCAACGGGCGGCUUGCGAUGGUAGGGUUCGUAGCUGCCCUAGCGGUUGAAGCAGCGAAAGGACAGGACGUGUUGGAGCAGAUAGGGAACGGGGGAAUCCCGUGGUUUGUGGGAACAAGCGCGAUUCUGACACUGGCGUCGCUGAUUCCCUUUAUUAGAGGAGUGAGUGUGGAGUCUAACUCGAAGGGGUUUAUGACUUCCAAGGCGGAGCUGUGGAAUGGGAGGUUUGCGAUGUUGGGCCUUCUUGCUUUGGCCUUCACCGAGUAUGUCACGGGUGGAAGCCUCGUGUAAGUUUUAGUUGGGAGCUUUUGGUUAGUUGGGAGCUUAAGUUUUAGUUGGGAGCUUUUGGCGAUGUCUGAGUAUUAAUGCAAAAUCAUAUCCGAUCAAAGGAAAUUAUGUAAAUAUUUCUAAAUAAUCAAUCUAAAAGUUUCAAAAUUUCGGCACA